AGUCCUGAGCGCCCCGCCAUGGCCGGCGCCCCCGGGCCGCUCCGCCUGGCUCUGCUGCUGCUCGGGGCGGUGGGCAGGGCCGGCCCCCGCCCCCAGGGCACCACGGUGUCCCUCUCAGAAACAGUGCAGAAAUGGCGAGAAUACCGACGCCAGUGCCAGCGCUUCCUGACUGAGGCUCCACCCCCUGCCACAGGCUUGUUCUGCAACCGGACCUUUGACGACUACGCCUGCUGGCCAGAUGGCCCGCCGGGUUCCUUUGUGAAUGUCAGCUGUCCCUGGUACCUGCCCUGGGCCAGCAGCGUGCUGCAGGGUCACGUGUACCGGUUCUGCACGGCUGACGGCCUGUGGCUGCACAAGGACAACUCCAGCCUGCCCUGGAGGGACCUGUCCGAGUGUGAGGAAUCCAAGCACGGGGACCGAAGCUCCCCAGAGGAGCAGCUCCUGUCCCUCUACGUCAUCUACACGGUGGGCUACGCCCUCUCCUUCUCCGCGCUGGUCAUCGCCUCGGCCAUCCUCCUGGGCUUCAGACACCUGCACUGUACCCGGAACUAUAUCCACCUGAACCUCUUUGCAUCCUUCAUCCUUCGAGCACUGUCCGUCUUCAUUAAGGAUGCAGCCCUCAAGUGGAUGUACAGCACGGCCGCCCAGCAGCACCAGUGGGAUGGCCUUCUCUCCUACCAGGACUCUCUGGGCUGCCGCCUGGUGUUCCUGCUCAUGCAGUACUGCGUGGCAGCCAACUACUUCUGGCUGCUGGUGGAGGGGGUGUACCUGUACACGCUGCUGGCCCUGUCCGUCUUCUCGGAGCAGCGCAUCUUCAGGCUCUACCUGAGCAUAGGCUGGGGUGUCCCCCUGCUGUUUGUCAUCCCCUGGGGCAUCGUCAAGUACCUCUUUGAGGACGAGGGCUGCUGGACCAGGAACUCAAACAUGAACUACUGGCUCAUCAUCCGGCUGCCCAUUCUUUUUGCCAUCGGGGUGAACUUCCUCAUCUUUGUCCGGGUCAUCUGCAUUGUGGUGUCCAAACUGAAGGCCAAUCUCAUGUGCAAGACGGACACCAAGUGCAGGCUUGCCAAGUCCACACUGACACUCAUCCCGCUGCUGGGGACCCACGAGGUCAUCUUUGCCUUCGUGAUGGACGAGCACGCCCGGGGGAUGCUGCGCUUCAUCAAGCUGUUCACAGAGCUCUCCUUCACCUCCUUCCAGGGGCUGAUGGUGGCGAUCUUGUACUGCUUCGUCAACAACGAGGUCCAGAUGGAGUUUCGGAAGAGCUGGGAGCGCUGGCGGCUGGAGCACCUGCACAUCCAGAGGGACAGCAGCAUGAAGCCCUUCAAGUGUCCCACCAGCAGCCUGAGCUGCGGGGCCACGGUGGGCAGCAGUGUGUACUCAGCAUCCUGCCAGGCCUCCUGCAGCUAAGA